AUGCAGCACGGCGCGUAUCGUGUUGACUGCCCCUUCCUCAAGGGCACUGGACCUGUGAGCUGCUUAGUCAACAAGCACAAGCGACCAUUCCCGUGGCUGAGGUACCGUUGGCAGCCUACAGGGUGUCGUACAUCUCUCUUCCUCCGCCCCAGACUCUUCUUGAGGCUUAUGAGAAACAAGGUGUUUGCAUCAGCAGGUGACUCCCUCUCCUACUUCAACUUCAUUCCGUCCCUACUUUGCCAGAUACACCAAGCCUCCCCAGUGCAUAGCAUUCCAGUCCCUGCCCGCCUCGCUCCCCGCACCAGCCUAGUAUACCACGUGCCAGAAUACAACGUGACUAUAGUGAAUACCUGGAGCACCUUCCUCAACCAGUGCUGGCAGGACAAACAAACACUUUCCUUAUACAAUAACGGCCGCCCGAUCACGCCAGAGGAUUCGGUGGUGAAUUUGGAGGGCGUGGAUUGGCGCUGGGGGCGGUACUUAGCUAAGUAUGACGUGCUUUUGCUGCAGUCGGCGGCGCACUGGCAGCCGAAACGCACCAGGUGGCGCCGGUUCUUUACAGACAGACGGGGGAGAGUUGCUUAUAACGAGUCGCGCUUCUAUCACGCGUUUUGGGCUGGCAUGCAGAGUGUAAAGAAGCUGGUGGAUCGGGCCAAUGACAAGGUGACACGUGGUACUGCUGCUGGUGGUGCCAAGUGGCCUGUGGUGUUCUUUCUCUCUGCUCCCACAAAGCAGAGCGGCUGUGCUGCUUCCUUCGAGCCUCGCACCGAGGGAGAG